GUUCUUUUCUUUCUUUUUUUUUUUUAAAUUAUUCUUUGUCACAUCAUGGCAGUUUUUAACGCUAAUAUUACACUGAUGACUUCACAUUUUCGAAGGAUUUGCAACCUCCCAAGUUUUGCUUUGCGGUUUUGAAGAACAAGCAAAGCGCAAAGCAAGACUGUUCAAAGAAGGAAAAACCCCAACCUCCCUUCCAUUAUUAUUCCUUCCUUCCCUCCCAAGAUGCUUUCUUUCACCUGCUUUCUCUUAAUAUGCUUUUUGGGUUCUGUCCCUGCCUCUGCCAGAGCUGCCUUCAAUGUUAGCCUCCCUCACCAGCACCCUGACCCUGAAUCAGUUGUUCAAGAUGUUCAAAGGAGGUUAAAUGUGUCCUUAUCAAGAAGACAAGCCCUGUCUGUAACCGAAAAAGACCAAUGCCUAACCGGAAACCCCAUAGACGACUGCUGGCGAUGCGACCCCAACUGGUACAACAACCGCCAGCGCUUAGCCGACUGCUCCAUAGGCUUUGCUCAAGGCACACUAGGUGGCAAAGGUGGCCAGAUCUACACCGUCACCGAUUCCUCCGACCACGACCCUGCUAACCCCAAGCCAGGCACUCUCCGCCAUGCUGUCAUACAAAACGAGCCCCUUUGGAUUAUCUUCUCAACCAACAUGGUCAUCAAACUCAAACACGAGCUCAUCUUCAACUCUUACAAAACCGUUGAUGGCCGCGGCGCCAACGUUCAUAUAACUGGAAAUGGGUGUAUAACCUUGCAGUCUGUAUCCCAUGUUAUUAUCCAUAACAUCCAUGUUCACCAUUGUAAGCCUUCAGGGAACACAGACAUUGCUUCAUCUCCAACUCAUGUUGGGUGGAGAGGAAGAUCAGAUGGUGAUGGGAUUUCCAUUCUUGGUUCUCAGAAGAUCUGGAUUGAUCAUUGUUCCCUUAGUUAUUGCACUGAUGGCCUGGUUGAUGCUAUUAUGGGGUCCACUGGGAUUACUAUUAGUAAUAGCUAUUUUUCUCACCAUGAUGAAGUUAUGCUUUUAGGCCAUGAUGACAGGUAUUUGCCUGAUUCAGGUAUGCAGGUGACUAUAGCUUUUAAUCAUUUCGGACAAGCGUUGGUGCAAAGAAUGCCAAGGUGCCGCCGAGGAUAUAUACACGUGGUGAACAAUGAUUUUACUGCAUGGGAAAUGUAUGCUAUCGGUGGUAGUGCUAAUCCUACCAUCAACAGUCAAGGAAAUCGAUAUACUGCACCAGGGAACCCCGAUGCUAAAGAGGUGACAAAGAGAGUAGAAACGGACGAGAAAGAUUGGACAGAUUGGAACUGGAGGACAGAUGGGGACAUAAUGGUAAAUGGAGCAUAUUUUGUGCCCUCUGGAGCUGGCCUAAGUGCUCAGUAUGAAAAAGCUUCAAGUCUGGAUCCCAAAUCUGCUUCCCUCGUUGAACAGCUCACUGUCAACGCUGGCGUUUUUGGGGAAGCUAGGGAAGAGACUGGAAGCUUUACUGGCGGUGGGUCCAGCAGCACCGGCACCCACAACACCAGUAGUGCAGGGUCCGGUGAUGAUGGUGAUUACUUUGGAAUGAUAUUCGGGAGCAGCGCACCACCGCCUCCACCAGCCACAUCUAUAGCCUUAAUCUGUCUGUCUCUUCUAAUUAUUUUAAUUUUGUACUCUAUCACCAACCAAGGUGCUCUACCACCAUUAUUAUCAUUAUUAUUGUUUUAGAAAUUACAAAACAAAGGAAAAUUUUCGUUGAUGAUUGGGUUCUUAGUCCCCGUCUGAUUUACUUAACACAGAAAGCAGAUGCAUACAGACACAGACAAUAUGUUGCAAUUAAUUGGUUUAAGUUUGAUUCUAGCUAAUGUUUUUACGUAGGAAAAGAAAAGAGGAAAGACAGCAAAAUUUUCAGAGGAUAUGAAUAUGGUGUGGAUGCUGGGGCAAAAUGUUAGAUACCACAUCAAAUUCAGUGUUUUGGGUCAGCUCGUUUCAGCCUUUUUCUAUUUUUGGCUAUUGAUUGGCUUUUUCUUUGGAUAAUAAUAAUGAGCAUUUCAACAUGGCAUGUCUCCUUGUUGGAAAAUUUUCCAGUCUAUCAUAGUAGAUUUUGUAUCGUGACUUUAGAAUCCUUUUUUUCUUAGGCUUUUUUCUUAGGUUUUGAGCGUGCAUG